AAUUCCAUGACGAUGAUGCUUUACAGAUGGUUCGUGGAAAGAAAAAGAACCUUAUUGAUGACAAUGUUGGUAUAGCACUUUGGAGGGUUUUGAUGGACUGAUGGGGGGUAAGAAACGUUAGGACAAGUCUCUCACCUUUUCAUUCGGAAGUGAAUGCGUUAAUAUGGACAAUGGAGUGUAUGAAGAAGUUGCGUAAGUUUCAGGUUACGUUUGCAACAGAUUAUUGUCAUUUGGUGAACAUAGUUCAGAACCAGAGAAAUGACCAGUGUUAAAAAGUUAUCUCAAAGAUAUCAAAAAUUUGAAAGAAAAAUUCCUCACUCAAAGAUUAUUCAUAUACCUUGAACAGAGAAUUUAAGGGCGGAUAAUUUAGCAUGUAGUAUCAAAAAAAUAACUGUAUUUCAUCUUUCACAUGGAUGCAGAAUUACUAAUUUGGUUUGCAUAAUCAAUAUGAGUUAAUAGUCAAUAUGAGUUUGUAUGGUAAAAAAAACCAUAUGAUCUUUACAUAAAUUUUUCUUUUUUUUUUGCUAAAUUAUUAUAUUUUCUAAUUUUAAGUUGGUCAUUAAUUGAUUCGUUGCUUCAUUCGUUUGUUCUAGCUAUCUGUCUAUAUUUUGCUUUUCACGGCUCCUCUACGUUACCGUCGACGUGAUAUUUGCCUCAUUGUAGUAAAAUAGUGAAUAUUCAACUAUAUUUACCACUCGCUUUAUUGGGUGGGACACGAGAAUCGAUCAGUGCAUUUGGUGAAUAUUUUCUCUAAGUUGAUAUUAUUUUUUAAAUCAUUAAAUCGACUGAAAAAUACAUUUGGUGAAUAUAUUUUUCAAGUUGAUAUUAUUUUUUAAAUCAAUAUAAUCCACUGAAAAUAGUGAUUUAGACUAUCUCCAAUGUAUCAAAUAUAUUACUUUAAAUAACAAUUUCUAAAUCUAGAAUUAAAAACUGAGGAAUAUAAUUUUUUUUCCUUUACAAAUAGAAGAAGAAAUAAAAAAUUUUAAUUUAGAAAAAAAUAGAAGUGGAAUGAAAUAGGUUUGGCUCUGAAUAAUAUUAUAUAGGCAAAUACUGUAUAGAGAUGAAUGCUAUAAAGCACUUUAGACACCAUUUUUACAGAUUAAGGUAUUUAAAUUUAUCCAUAUGACUUUUUAGCAAUGAUCAGUCUACUUUGCAAAGGGCUAACAAGUUGACGGCCCAGUAUACAUCACAUGGGCCUAUAAGUUAGAUUCGGAUCUUUAACCCGACCCGACAGAGAAGAGUCCAAGCCAACGAUCGCCGAGACACCACGAAUCGAACAUCGCUUCGUCGCUGUGAAGACGAAAUAGUAUUUGCAUCUCGCAGAGUUCCACUGAAUCUCUUGUUUUCUCCGACGGUACUUGAGCUUGUGGUGGUGGAGAAGGCGAUGAUAACGAGAUCGAAACUAGCGGAACAGCUAAGAGAAUAUCAGAUUAAAUCAAAGCAUGAUUGGGCCUCCGUCUCUAUCUUCUCUUCCUCCUCCAAUUUCUCUUCUUCUUCCAGGGUGGAUGUGGUAGUCUUUGUUAUUUGGGAACUGGUGAUCUUAGCGUUCCUGGUGUUUUCAGCUGUCUCAUUGUACUUCAAGCGGUUGGAACUCGCGUUCAUCUUGCUUUGUGUCUGCUUACUAUUGUUCGUUUGUAUGAAAAUCACAAAGCAAGUGAGAAUAGCUAGGAAGAAGAAGCGGAGGAUGCUUCUUCCUCUCUCUAUGUAGUAAUGGGCCAAAGCUGAGGAUCAGCAAAUAGAUUCUUACACAACCAAACUCAACUCUACCACAUAAGUGCAUCGAUGAAGGUCAAGUUUUAAUCUCACAAUUGUCUCUGGUGGUACGCAAUGCUUCUUGUCCUUUGAAGAGUAAACCUGACCUGAUGGAUGGGUGGAAUCUCAGAGCUUUGCUUAGACAAAUCAGAGUUGAAAAGAUUGCUUCUUUUUUUUUUUUUUUGUUUUGUUCAUUGAUUAGGUCGUUUUUUAACACAAUAUAUCCUUUGUGUAGUUACUUUGCUUUGUUGUCUGUUGAAAGUUCAAAAGGAAUGGUUUGCAAGAUUUCAUGUGGAUAGGAAAAGAGAACACACUCAUGAAAAUAAACAGAGUAUUUUUUUACAAGUGUGGUUCAUAUCUUGUGACUAGACAGAGUGUUAGUCAAUAGGCAUGUUCGUUUUAUAAACGCCGCUAGUAAAACGCCACGACUAGCGACAGCGGCAGAAAAUAAAGCUAGAGCAGGAGGAAAUUUUUUGAUGUUCUGAUUAAAAACAGCCGCAACGGACAAUCGGAGACAUGAAAACGGAAUCGCUGUUGCCGCUGAAAUUUCGAGCGUCGUAUUUGCUGGGUUGAAGUUGACGCAGCGACUGGAAAAAAUGGAGGAUGCGGUUGAGAACAAAUGUACAAAAUGCUCAAAGAGCUUUAUUUAAACAGAAAUGGAGAUAGCUUAUUAAAGCUUUAUUGAACAAGAAAGUAAAGAGAAGAAGGAAGCUGAGAUUGUCUGCAAGAGUUAAAUGUUUAUAAAACUGAUAUUCAUAAAGAUGAGAGUUUGGCUGCUAGAAACGCAGCCUUGGUUACAUUGCAAAGUGACCUUACACAGAUAUUUAUAUCAACUCAAUAUGCUAGAAAACCUAGAUACAAUAAGCUUAGGUAAUGGGCUUCCGGUCUUUAUUUAGGCCUUGCUAAUAGCGGUUGUUUUUACAAACCCAGCAACAACGAUGAUAGUUAUUUACUUUAUAUUUUUGAAACGCUGACGCGGUCGUGGCUUCUCCAAAAAGAACAGGCCUAAUAUCAAUACACUAGCUUUGCUAGAUUUGGUUCAAUCAAAGUACCAAACAAUGAGACUUGGUCUACAUGACGAUCCCUGAUGGAGACAUGUCUUGGUCAAUGUACCAUUGGAAAAAGAUAGUUAACAAAAGCAACCAAGAAAAUUGCAUUGCAGUUUAAACAUGAUUUAACUUAUGAAACCGAAAACAUGAUUAGAAAAUAAAGACAAGGAACGUCUUCAGAUAGGGAGAAGGAAUCAGAGGUUGUACAUCCACGCGAGCUUCAAUCUCUUCUUUUAAUGGGCUUUUAAUUGGGCCGACGCCUUUUAAGUAGAGGCCUUGUCAAAAGACAAAAGUCAACGAGCCGCCAUUGAACUGAAUCUCAGGUACCUUGGAUUUUGUCAAAUCGGAGACUGAAACUGCCUUGCGAAUGGGUGGAGGAGGUAUAACAUACAAGGGGGUCACCGUACAAACUCCCAAGACGUGGCACACCGUCGCCGGAAAGGGCUUGUGCGGUGUAAUGUGGUUUUGGAUUCUGUACAGAGCAAAGCAAGAUGGUCCUGUAGUCAUGGGAUGGAGGCACCCGUGGGAUGGUCAUGGUGAUCAUCAAUAGGUCUCGUUGAGCCUUUGAAGAUCAUGGCGAAAAAUGAAUAUUUUGCUUUUUUCAGCUUCGUAUGUCGAAAUAAAGAGAAUUGUGAAAGAAGACGUGAAUUGUUUUUGUACACAAGUUUCUAAGACAUGCUGCUUAUGUUCUAAGUUGCUACUUGGAUUGCACUUCAUUGAUGUUGUUUUGCUGUCUACAAAUGAAUUUGAAAUAAAACCGGUCGCGAGAUUCA